UUGAGCAAACGUCGGUCCAAAGUAUGUUAUGUUCUGGAGUGAUAUGUACAUUAUCCGUUGGUCUGAUGACUUUAUAUAUAUCUCUGGAGUUUAAUUAAAGAUUUGGGCUUUGGACUUUUAUAGGAUAAUAACGUAACAAACCUCAACUCGAAUGUGCCGGUAGUGAAAUCGCCUGCAAAAGCCACACACACAAGACCGGCGGAAGACUUGAUGACUGACGUUGUGUGUCAAAUCAGCUGAUUAUUUUGUCACCCCGAAUACAUUUUAAGAUAAAAGAAGAUUACGUUUAGUAGGUUUUGAAUUGACAAGACAAUACUCAGAAAGUUGAAGACAUUUUGAUACACUAAGUCCCAAGAAUACCAUUUGGAUGGCAGAUGAAAGCGAAGUUGUUCAACGAGACAAAGAAUCUUUAAGGUUCUUCCAUGUAAUAUGUUAUCGGGACCCAAUAGCUCGGAAAAAGGGCUUGGAUUUGCUUAAAUCCAGUUUUGAUGCCCUUAUAGAUCGAUAUGGCAGCCCAAGAGAAGUUGAUUCGAGUAAUAAUAUUUCGAAUGGGUUUGAUGCGAAACGUCAGAUAAUUGAACAUUUACCGGGCUUGUUGAGACUAUCUAUUCAAUGUCCAUUUAAGGAUGUUAGAGAAACGUGUAAAAGUAUACUGGCCGAUAUAAAGGAACGAAAAGGAAUAAAGUUGCCGAGAAAAACUGGUGGAGGACCAAGUCACUUUAUUGCAGAGAAUGAUGUUGUCCCAGUUGACACCGAAGAUGAACAGACAAAGCUUUUGUUUAUGGAGGCUUUCAUCCAAAACAACAGGGUUCCAAAUAUAAUACAAUUGAUGUCAUACCAUCCCGAUUAUUUGGAUUGCUUUUUAAAAACCCAACACUACCUUCUACACGAAGAUGGCCCUUUGCCCUUUGACUAUCGGCACUACAUUUCCAUAAUGGCUUGUGGUCGCCAUCAGUGUAGUUAUUUAAUAAAAUUACAAGCCCAAGAAUUUCUACUUCAUGGAGGUAACCCUGAGUGGCUGAAAGGUAUUGACUAUGUUCCCCAGAAACUCCAGGAUUUUUUGGAAAUUAACAAAAUUCUCGCUCACAGACCAUGGUUAAUAACUAAAGAACAUAUUGAAAAACUGAUUGCUGGAAAAAAUCGCUGGAGUUUAUCAGAGUUGACGCAUGCCCUCAUCUUAUGUACGCAUUUUCAUGCGCUAUCAACAUUUGUUUUUGGUUGUGGUUUAAACGAUGAAAUAGAUUUCCAGAAUGGUCACACAUUUUCUUCCAAUCAUGUAGACAAUGAUGAUUCCUAUUCCAGUGACAGUUCGUCAUUAUCAGAUUCAGCAAAUAAUUCUGAUGAAGAAGGUGGUUUAUCUGCUCUGAUGGCUAGAAUGAAAGAAUUAACAGAGAGGAAAGAAGAAGAGUUAACAAUUGAGGAGAGAUUAAAAGACUUUGCAAAAGUUGAAAGUCAAAGUGCUGAAAUAACUACUAGCCAAAAGAUUCCAUCUCCACGUGCAGAUAUUUUACGAUAUGUUGAAGACCCAAAUUUCACCUACAAGGAUUUUGCCAAGAGGGACUCAGUGACAGAAAUCCCUUCGUUCCGGGCCCAAGAUUAUUCCUGGGAAGAACAUGGGUUUUCUCUGGCAAACAGACUGUAUAAUGAAAUUGGAACUCUAUUAGAUGACAAAUUUAAUAUGGCGUACAAUCUUACUUAUUAUACAAUGGGAAACAAUACUCAAGUCGACACGUCUUCGUUUAGAAAGGCCAUUUGGAGUUAUAUACACUGCAUGUAUGGUAUCCGCCAUGACGAUUACAAUUAUGGUGAAGUUAACCAAUUAUUAGAACGAAACUUAAAAGCUUACAUCAAGACUGUCACUUGUUACCCCGAAAGGCUAACAAAAAAAGAUUACGAUGGUGUUAUGAAAGAAUUCAAACAUUCGGAAAAGGUACAUGUGAACUUGAUGCUGUUAGAGGCGAGAAUGCAAGCUGAACUGUUAUAUGCGCUAAGAGCAGUCAUGAAGUAUAUGACGUGAGCCACGGAUGGUUAAAUUUUACAGAUCAAAAUAUCUUCAAAGAAAGUUCAGCAUGAAGUCCUUACUGCCGAUCAAAACCAGAGGUGUUCUGAUCACCCAAUGGAAGGGAAAGGAUCUUUGCUAAAGCUGAAAGUAAAAGUGUGUGCCAUGGACAGACUCAAUUAUAUAAUAAUAUUAUCAUGUGAACGUUCAUUACAUGUGUUCACAUCACAAUAUAACCACAACUAUCAGAUAUUAAAAAUGUGUGAAUCUGUGUGGACAUGCUGUUAUACAAUAAUAUACAAAAAAAAAAGAAGAUUGUCUAGUCUUUUAAAUCAUCAUCGAGAUGCAAACUUGUGGAUAUGUACAAAGAUGUCAAGCUGUUGAUUUGUGGCACACUGGGUGGUUACCUUCAGCUUCUAUACUAGAACGAUAUACUCUCUCGCCUGAUCAGUAAAAGGCUAUAGAUAUCUGUGAUAGAUAUCCACUUAAUUAAAAGUGGACAUAAGAACUUAUUUUGUGUUUGUUGAUAGUUUGAAAGUGGAAAAUGGAAUGAAUGAAUGAAUGUUGUGUGAAAGACAAGUAUCCACAUGCAGUAUAAUGAAAACCACAAAGAAAGUUUUUAAAUUCUGAAAGCAAUCACAAUAUGGUGUCUUUUUUGCUGCCAUUUUUUAAUCUCUACCACCCAGUGAGAAUAAAUUUUAUGGAAAAUUGUGAUGAAUUCUCUCAGUUGUUAUUGAUGAACACUUUUUUAAAAUUUGCAAAUCUGGAGAAAAAAUUCAAACAUGUGAGCGGUUUGUUUAAAACGAUAUUCUUUUUGAAUGGAAUCAAAAAUGGCAAAAAUUUGAUCAUAUUGUGAAAGUUUUUCAAAAUAAUUUUUAUGUGGUUUAACAGGUCUUUCAGUCAUUAUGUUGAGAGCGUCCAAUUUGUGAAAAAUCUGUACUGAUAAUAAUUAAAUUGUAGCUAACCAUCAUGGGAUAUUAUGUCAACAAAUCCAAAGAAUUUUUUAUAGAUUCUACCAUAUACCAGUGACAAGUGUGACAUCGUAGUUAAAAAAAAGACAAUUUAAACACUAAUAAAUGGAAAAUUCCAAAUCAUAAUCUUCCUAAUCAUAAAAGAAUUAGAAACACUACCAUUAUUUCUAUCUAGUUUUACCAGUUUAUGAUACUAGUCAAAUUCUGUUUAAAAGCCAGUCCAUUCCUCUGUGUAUUCUAUUUAUUGAAAACAAUGUACUAUUAAAUUUAAUAUACUCUUGUAUGUUAACUCCUGGCCAAAUAUUAAGAAUUAAAACUAUCUAAUUAUUUAUGAAAUAUUUUCUGUUUAAAACUAUUUAUUUGUUAAAAGUGAUGGUUCCUAAAGUUAAUUUAUAUUAUUGUUUCAAGCUCCAGUGGAAUCUUUAAUAUUUUCAUCUGGGGUUUCUCCCUUUGCCGUAAACUAUAAACAGAUUCUAAUCAAGUGCUGUUCCCCAUGUGAUGCAAAUUACAAACUUUUAAAGUGCUAUAAGUUAAAGACUGUUGAAGACUAUAAUACUAUGGAGAUACACAUAUCUGUUUAUUUUUUCCAAACUCCAUAAAUGAUUUGUUAUGUGUACUUUGAAUAAUGUGCAAUUUACAUUAUGUGCCUGAAUUACAAUGAUGAAAAUUGUAAAUUUCAACCUCUAACUAAAUAUGAAAACAUUCAAGUUAUUGCUCUUUACUUCUUGCCAUUUUUUACAUUUUGAUUAAAACAAACUAUUUAAAAGCAAAUAUCAAAAUUUUAUUCAAUUUAUAACAUUUUUUCUAUCAAUACAUUUCAAAAUCUUGGUACAGAUGUACUUUAAAAUUUCCAUAUUAUUAAGCCAUAGAGUAAAGCAUUUGUGCUUUUAAAUGCUUGUCUGCACUGAAACCUUAAAAAUUGUUAUUUUGUGAUAUUUUUGUAUGUUAUUUUUCAAGAUGUCAUCUUUCGUAGUGGUGUUAAUUUGACCUGAAGAGAAAGUCUUUUGAUACAAUAAACAUUCCAUUAAGUUUAAGAGGAUACAAGAUUUUUUGUUUUGUUUUUGUUUUAAGACUUUUAGAAGAUGGGAGAAAAAAACACUUUUUGAUUGUAAGGCAAUGUGAUUAAUAGUUAUGAUGAUCCAACGAAAUCCUAUAAAUUCGUAGGAGUUGUAUAUAGAUAUAUGAUAAACUGUUUUAUGUGGAAAGAUUAUAUACAUGAUGCUAUGUUAAUUAUUAAUAUAGUUUGCAUCAAAUAUCUUGAAGUAUUUUGCAUACUAUUUUUUACAACUUUGAUAGAAGUAAUUUCGCAACAAGACAGAUUGCAUCAAAAACAAAUGGCACACUGUUAAAUGAAAUAUAGUUGUUGAUUAUUUUAUUGCUGCCGUUGUUUAAAUUGUAGUUAGCACUAUCUUUCAACUAUGCAUGAGACCAUUACAAGACAAAAUGGAAGCUUUUUAUAUAUUAAGCUAAAGAUCUGUUAAGCUUUUUUUAUUUUGUAAAUGUCUUGCUUAUUAUAUAUCAGAUAUCAAAGAGAAAAAUAUUGCCUUGUAAUUUUGUAACUUCCAUUAAUCUUGUUUAACAAGCUUGAUAAAAGUAAUGGGAAGAAUAGCAAUCAACUCCAAUAUUCCUUUUUGACCUGGGUUGUGAAGAAAUGCAUCCAUUCUAAAAAAAUGUAAUUUAUACACAAUAACUAUUUAAAGCACACAUUUCUUAUUUGAAAUCUUGAAAUUUUUCAUUUCUUAGGGGCCUGUUAAAAUUCAAAAGUUUUAGAUCUACAUUAUACAUACUAGGGGUUGCCUUCAUAUGUGCAAUAUAUUCAUAUUUAUUAUCAUGAUUGCAUGCAUUCUUUUACCUUGACCUAUAUACAAAAUGAUAUAAAGAUCAUUGUCAUGAGGUGUUGAAAAUAAAAUUACAAUUGUAUAAAGGGAAAAAGAAGUAUGAAUUGUUUAUAAGCUGAAAUGAUUACCAUUUAGUAUACUAUUUUAAUGAGGUUGGAUUUAUUAAAUUGCUUCUUUUCUGUUAUAAAUUUAUGUCAAAGGAUAUUUUGAAAGAAGUUAAAUUGUUAAGAUAUUAGUUAAACUUGUAAUUUGAAUUAUAUUAUGAUUUUGUUUCAAGCCAUUUUUUUUUAUUACUCGAAAUACAUUAUUUCAGUAUUAUAUUUGAAGUUAUAUAAUAGCCACACAAAUUACUGCAAUCUCCUAUUGCAUUUUAUGUUCAAAACAUUUUCCUACAUUGUGAUAUCAUGUUGCUUUCAAUAAUAAAUCUAAAUAAAUGACAAUAAAAAAAAAAAUACAAAAAAUUUAAA